CAUAUCCGGUCGCAUUCUGGCGAGAAACCUUUCAGCUGCAGUCAUUUCUCUUCCUCUUUUAGCCAAAAAGACAAAUUGAAUGAACAUAUUCGAACGCAUACUGGCGAGGAACCUUUCAGCUGCAGUCUUUGCUCUUCUUCUGUUAGCCGCAUAGAUCGUUUGACGGUACGUAUCCGAACGCAUUCUUGCGAGAAACCUUUCAGGUGCAGUCAUUGCUCUUCCUCUUUCAGUGACAGACAGUGUUUGAAGCUACAUAUCCAAAAGCAGACCGGCGAGAAACCCUACAUUUGUGGUACU